UCUAGUUGACACUCCAUCAUACUUAUUGUUCCGUGCUUAAAAUGUUUGUGAAUUGCUUCUCUUAUGUUUUUUAACGCUAAGAGUAUUUCUAGGUUCUAUAGGUACUUACACACUAUGUGCAGUAUACUUUUGUAUGCCUACCGUGAGAAAAGAAUACUGAUUCCUCUUUAAUAAUAAAAUUGAACUUUUAAGGGAUGAGAUUCUACGAUGGAGAAUAUAAGGAAGUGGAACAGAUGAUAAACUUAUGCCUUACACCUUAGCACUUAAGUCAGCUAUAUUUGAAAAACUUCAUGUAAGGUUGUACUAGUAUCUGAUUCUUCAUGUCAACCCACAUGCCCCUACUUGUGAAAUGCUUCUAUUAUGCUUGCCAUAAUGCUGUGCCAGCAUCCUGGUGAUGAGGAUCUUUGCAAAUUAAACCUUCCUGCCCACCUGGUUUAUGCCAAUUUCGGGGGGAAAAACACUAAGGAAUUCUUUCACUGCAUAUCCUUAAAUACAACAACCUCAGUGGUGCCGUUUGGAAAAGAACCAUGAGUUCCUACUCGUUCAUAUGCAGUUGUUUCAAAUUUUGAAAAUGUGCACCAGGGCUACCCAACAGAGACACUAGUGCGCUUCCUUAAAGCUAGAGAAUGGCAUGUGAAUAAGGCUCAAAAGAUGCUUGUAGAUUCUUUGAAUUGGAGGAUACAAAAUGAAAUCGAUACUAUACUGGAGAAACCUAUUAUCCCAGUAGAUUUGUAUAGAUCAAUACGUGAUACGCAGCUUGUUGGAUUGUCAGGAUACUCCAAAGAGGGCAUUCCUGUAUUUGCAGUUGGUGUUGGACUGAGCACAUAUGAUAAAGCUUCGGUUAACUACUAUGUGCAAUCUCAUAUUCAGAUCAAUGAGUACCGUGAUCGUUAUAUUUUGCCUUCGGUGACGAAGAAGUAUGGGAGGCCUAUCACCACCUGUAUAAAGGUUCUUGAUAUGACUGGUCUGAAAUUGUCAGCACUAAACCAAAUGAAGAUUGUGACUGCAAUAUCUACCGUUGAUGAUUUGAAUUAUCCUGAAAAGACUGAGACCUACUAUAUAGUAAAUGCUCCAUAUAUAUUUUCUGCGUGUUGGAAGGUUGUGAAGCCUCUUUUGCAAGAGAGAACAAGAAAGAAGGUUCAUGUUUUGCGUGGUUGUGGGAAAGACGAGCUUCUAGAGAUCAUGGACUACUCUUCGCUUCCCCAUUUCUGUCGACGGGAGGGCUCAGGUGCAUCCAAACAUUCAUCAACCGACCCUGAUGACUGCUUCUCUCUUGACCACCCAUUCCACAAAGAGCUCUACAGCGUCAUCCAGGAGCAAGCACUGAACCUGGAGCUCAUCAAGCAAGGCUCCUUGCACGUGAAAAUCCCCGAGCAGGAUCCUGAGGAUGCUAAGAUAGUGGAGGUCAUUGAGGCUGAGUUCCACAAGCUUGGUGUGGAGAACAAGUCCGCCAAUGGCGUCGACAAAAACUAGCGCUCACCUAAUAAUACAGCCUGACUACCCUAGACAUCGCUGGCCGUUUCUGAUACAACCGUUCUAUUUUUGCUUGGUCACCCCCAUUAGCCAUUGCUGUUUCCUGGGGGGUGAGUAUAGGUGAUAUAUAGCAAAAUCUUUUGCUGUUCCAUCCAUGAUGCAGGAGUGAGGCAACAGGACUAAUAUUGUAUGGCACUACUAGAUAGACAUAAUCACCUGUCACCUGUUGUAAACCUGCAAUUGUGUUCUCACAUGGACGCUGAACUUCGAAGAUGAUAUCAAUAAACCAUCCUAGUACCUGCACUUUGAGAUCA